AUGAAUACUCAAACAGUUUUUAGAAUAAAUAAAGGAACAUCCUACGAAGACAUCACUGUUAACAAGGAAGAAAUCCCAGUUCCUGCUGCGAAUGAAAUUUUAGUUAGAGUAAAAGCUGUGUCAUUAAAUUACAGAGACAUUGCCAUCUCAACUGGAGAAUAUCCUGUACAAGUCAAACCUGAUGUUGUUCCUUGUUCCGAUGCAUCAGGAGAGGUUGUGUCUUUUGGACAUAAUGUAAGGGGUUUUGAAAUUGGUGAUAAAGUAGUUUCUAUCUUUGAUAUUACUAAUCUUUACGGUCCUCCGCAAAAUUUGGAAGGAGGAUUAGGUGGGGCCAUUGAUGGUGUCUUGAGAGAAUAUGUCGCUUUACCCUAUGAGGCUGUUGUCAAGACUCCUUCCCAUCUGAAACUUUCCUGGGAGCAUUUGGCAAGUCUAGUGUGUACUGGAACAACUGCUUGGAAUGCAUUAUAUGGUAAUAACAAGUUAGAGCCAGGUCAGAUCGUUUUAUUGCAAGGAACUGGAGGUGUUUCUAUGACAGGAUUAUUAUUAGCAAAGGCAGCUGGCGCAACCACUAUUCUUACAUCAUCUUCAGAUGAAAAACUUGAGCAAAUUAAAGCAGAAUAUGGUGUGGAUUACACAGUCAAUUAUAAAAGGUUUCCUAAAUGGGGUGAAGCUGUUAACCAAAUGAUUGGUAAUAACAGGGUUGAUUAUAUUUUUGAAAACGGCGGUUCUGGUAACAUAGAACAAUCUGUUGAAUGUAUAGCAUAUGGAGGACAGAUUGCGAUUAUCGGGUUUCUUAAUGUGGCAAAACAAGCAGAAAUGCCGGACGCUGUUGCUUUGGCUUUAUCUAAAGGUUGCGUUAUGAGAGGCAUCCCUGUGGGUUCCAAGCAACUUUUAGGAGAGUUGAUGAGGUUGGUUAGUUCUAAAGAUAUAUUUGUACCAGUGGAUAGCCGUUUCAAAUUUUCUAAAUCUGGGGUUAUUGAAGCGUAUAAGCAUGUUGAAAGCGGAAACCACAUUGGUAAAGUAUGUGUAACACUCUACUAG